AUGGAUCUCCCCGCACCUGCGGAAAGGGACCACAUACGUCAUGGACUCGGACUGUUGAGUCUCGAUGCACAUGAUAUGGACUGGUUCGAAAUCGACGUGGCCGACACAGGGCCACAAAGGCGACCAAGCACUGAGAGCACCGAGAGUGUCGGCAGCGCUGGGCUGGCUAUGCGCAUGCCGCCGCAGAGCAGCGCCGAUCUGAGAGCUUUUCCAUUAAGCAAUGCAAGAACAGCUUCCUGGUCAACAGACGGCUAUGCGCCAUCGAUGAUUUCUCAACACAGGGCUUCACAUAACCUCGCCCGGUCAAACGCAUCCAGAGACCAACGGCCGUCUACAGGUCGAUCGCUGCGCACUGCCAUGGCCUCCAAUGCUUCUCAAUACAGUCUUUAUCCUGCGCCCACAAAGCCUCUCCCUCCCCUCCCGCCACCUAGGGAUCCUACAAAACGACUGUCUUCUGCCGACUCCAACAGCCGAUCAUCUAUCAGCACUCGCUCGUCACGGUCAAACGUUCCCGGAAGUUACAGUGCGCAAUUCCUGCCGAGCCCGGCCACGACUGCAUCACCAAAUUUCGGAAAAGGCAAAAUUGAAUAUCGCACAUUUUCGGAUCGAAUCGGUGCUCCUAUUCCGAGGCCUCUUAGUCAACGAUCGGUACCGAAAGCUUUGAGUCUUCAUUUUUGGAAAGACAUUGUUUCCGAGGACAAAAAGAUCAACAACAGCGUGCACUAUCUUGACAUAUCACCCGCAGGGACGAUUCUUGCGAGCAAGCAUGGAAACAACUUGAUAAAGCUGUGGUCCAUGGCCAGCGGGGAACUACAAAGUGCCGUCAAGUUCUCAUCCUACACAGAGGCGAGAUCCCGUUCUAGGGAGUAUAUGAUUCGCAGUCACGCCAUCCUGUCUGAAUCAUCCACAUUGAUUGCAAUCGCUACGCGUUUCGGUCGCUCAAUUGAGAUAUUUAACUGGGCGAAAAAAAAGUCGAUUCAAACUAUUGGAGACGCCGACCGUUGGACCGCCGGCCGCUUUGAAUUGUUCGAUGGAGGGAGAUGCCCUCUGGCGGUAUAUCGGCAAGAGACCGCGACAAUCGACAUUUUCCUGGCAGCGAAAGAGAACAAAAAGCCGCUCUACAAGCAUUGCAGCAUCGAAAUGGCCAAGGCCGGGCUCCCUUUUGUUCCCAUACUCCCCGAGUUGGCGAUUUCGGCCACAAGCCCACUUGUAGUUGCCGCAGCAGGACCGAGACCUCCGAUGCCUGGUCAUCCUCCCCCAAAAAGGGAGACCCUUCUUGUCGCAUGGGAAACAUCGGAUGAUGGCGAUACCUCAAAUAAGCCAUAUCGAGUUGCAAGGCCAUGGCAGCACGAGGAGCUCGACACCGCCGUCCCAAUGGAUCUGGUGACGUACGGCAGCGUAGUGGUAUCCAUUUGGGUACCAGCCAGCUUCCGCGCCGUGCCCGUUCCUGCAUCACGGAAGGGAACGGGGUACAACCUACUUUCAGUCAAAGUGCCACUACGCUACGUGCUCGUCUGGGAUCUAUCAGCAAACUCGACUCGAACAUUCGCCAUUCCAAACUGCAUUUCUUGUAUAUCUCCCGACUGCCGAUUAGUGGCGUACUGCGACGCUUCUGGCUCUGAGAUCGGUGCCAGAGGCUCGAUUGCCAUUGUAGAUGUAAUAAGCGGGGAAGAGGUCUGGUGCUGGCCAGACAAGAAUGCCAUGAAUAUGCAAAGUGGUUUUGAACCUGGUUUUGAGCAAUUUCAAGAUCUGGGCAGCGUUACGGAGCUUUCCUUUUCGGCUGAUGCUCGUUUCUUGAUUGUGGGAGAUGGCCAAGGGCACAUGGGAGUUUAUGACGUGCGGACAUGA